AUGAACCAUAUGGACUCAUCAUCAACAUCCAUUACCAUCAUUAUCGUCAUAGCUCUAUUCCUAGCCGCGCUAAUCCAAACCCACCAGCUGGAACCACACAUAACCGAAACCAAAAACGGAGAAAUCAUCCAUGCAUACACAUUCCCCAACGAAUCGCAACUUUUCGCAUCUCAACUAUGGCUCAACCUCACAAACACAGCAAGCUCCUCCUCCAAUCAUGACGUAACAAUCACCAUCCAUCUAAAUUCAACCAACACCACCAUGAUACAAGUGCCGCACCAACAACCCCUCGAAUUCGAAGAGUUUGACCCACAAGUCCACACGCAAACGAUCAUCCCGUGGCGCGUCCCAGUUUCGGGUUGCUUGCGAAUGAGGCAGGACACAUGUGCACUCACCCACAUCGAAGCGCAAGAACUCACCUUGUUGGUUCCCUCAGGGAUCAAAACGGGAAUCAACGUGUUGAUAUUUACGUUUGGGUUCGAUUUCGGGUUGAAUGCCCUCGGUGGAAGCACGGGCACCUCGGACAUUGUCGUAUGUCGCAGUGAAGUUGAUGAGAUUAUCCAGAUUCAGAAAAAUGUGCGAGUGGUGCUGUUCCCUGAUGCGCGCGCUCGACGCAUCGUGUGGGAUGAUCGUGCUGGUGGCUUUUUGGUGCUGGGUGCGUGGGAGAGAUUGGUUACGUUUAGAAUGAGUCCCGGGCUAGGUUUGUUCUUUUUCAACUUGAACGAAAUCAAACAUGUCAAGCCUAUUUGCGAGAGUCGGCUGGAGUUCUUGAGGUGUCAAGUACUUCGAUAA